UUUUUUUUUCUCGAAGGUACCUCCCUUUUCUUUUUAUUACAAAUAUUUACUUUAUUUUAAAACUACUCAUAUAUUCAUACACUACAUAUACAUUUCAACUAUAAUAUAAAAACAAGUGAUAUAUUUUAUAUAUAGAUAUAUCUGAAUUGCCCAAUCAAGAAAGAUAUAUUUACAUAUAUAUAUAUAUAUAGAUAGAUAGAAGAUAGAUAGAUAUAUAUAUGUAUACAUAAAUGACAACUUUACAUUCACCAUCCUCACAACAACUGCAACGACAGCAACAACAACAGCAGCAGCAGCAACAACAACAACAACAACAACAGCAGCAGCAGCAGCAGCAGCAGCAGCAGCAUUGGGGAGUGACAGGUCCUAUAUCUUCUUCGUUUCCUUCACCUUUGGAAUUAGAACAAACUGAAAAAUUGGUCAAGACACUUCAUGAGAAUGGUCUAUUUGAAUCUGAACAAGAAGCUCAAAAACGUAUCAUUGUAUUGGGAAAACUAGACAAACUUGUCAAGGAAUUCGUUUACAAAGUGAGCAAAUUGAAAGGAUUUCCUGAUUCUUUAGCAAAAGAAGCUGGUGGCAAGAUAUUCACUUUUGGAAGUUAUCGACUUGGUGUUCAUGGUGCUGGUGCUGAUAUUGAUACUCUAUGCGUUUUUCCAAAACAUGUUGAACGAGAACACUUCUUUACUAUUAUGCGGGAUAUGUUACUUGAACGACCAGAAGUCACUGAACUGACGGAUGUAGUAGAUGCUUUUGUACCAGUGAUCAAAAUGCAUUUCUCUGGAAUACCAAUCGAUUUUGUAUGUGCAAGGCUAGGUGUGGCUCAAGUACCUGAUGAUUUGGAAUUAUCAAAUAAUAACUUACUCAAAGGAUUGGAUGAACGAUGUAUACGAAGUGUCAAUGGAUCACGUGUGACAGAUGAAAUAUUACGACUGGUACCCAAUAUCCCAACAUUUCGAAUAGCUUUGCGUGCAAUCAAGUUAUGGGCAAAACGACGUGCGAUUUAUUCCAAUAUCAUGGGAUUUUUGGGAGGUGUUGCUUGGGCCAUGUUAGUGGCUCGGAUAUGUCAAUUUUACCCAAAUGCGUGUGCAUCCACCAUCAUCGGUCGAUUCUUUCGUAUUCUUUAUCAAUGGAACUGGCCUCAACCUGUACUUUUGAAACCAAUGGAAGAUGGUCCUCUCCAAGUGCGUGUCUGGAACCCCAAGCUAUACCCUGCUGACAAGAGCCACCGGAUGCCAAUUAUUACUCCUGCUUACCCAUCUAUGUGUGCUACUCAUAAUGUUACGGAUUCUACUAGAGCUAUCAUGAUCACCGAGUUUGAACGCAGUGCAGAUUUGGUAGAACAUUCCAUACUUCAAGGUGACUCUUCUUGGCAGGUCCUUUUUACAAAAAGCAACUUUUUUCAAGAUUAUAGACAUUACUUACAAAUUGUUGCUGGGUCACCAACGUCUGAUAUUCAAGUCAAAUGGCACGGUCUAGUGGAAUCAAAAAUACGUCAAUUAGUUUUGAAAUUGGAAUUAGUAGAUAUGCUUCAAUUGGCACACCCAUAUAUCAAAGGAAUAGACAAGUUACAUUAUAUACUCAGUGACAAGGAAUUGGAAGAUGUCAAGAAUGGUGGAUCCAUUCAAAAUCGAUCAUUUGAAGUGGGUGAAGGCAACAUGGAUCGAAACUAUAUUGACUGGAUUAAAGAAAAAGGGGAAUUAUCGGAUCAAGAUAUUAACAAACUGACACCUUAUUACACCACUAGUUUUUAUAUUGGACUUGUUGUCGAACCAUCAUCACGAAGUGGCGAGAGAUCAGGCGAACAAACCAGACGGAAAUUGGAUAUUAUAUGGCCAACACAAGAAUUCUUGAAAAUGGUGAAAUCUUGGGAUGGGUAUGAUGAUACUUGUAUGUCUGCUGUGCUAAGGAAUGUGAAAGGUUCCAUGUUACCGGCGGAUUUACUGGGCAAAGAUAAGAAACUGAAACGAUCUCAAACAAAAGUAUAUAUUUAAAAAAAGGAACUGAAAUGUAUGUGAUAUUAAACAUUAUUUGUUUUCUAUUUUUUAGGUGAAGGGGAACAACAACAAUAAUAAUAACAAUAACAUCAGUAACAACAUUAUGAAUAACAACAAUGGCACUCAUCAUAGUCAAGAUCAUAUUAAUACUACUAACAACAACCAUCAUCUAGUUUCAAAGGUGGAUAAUCCGAACAAGAAAUUCCGGUGCG